UACUUGAACACACCUGUUGUCAGCGCAGCAAGGUGUGUAGACAAGUUGACACACGCUGACACACGCGGCUGCGUAAUCAUACCUUUAACCACAAAACUCUCACAAGGAACCUGGAAGAAGCACUUUAAUCGAGUUCGGUUUUGCCGAUGAGUUUGCCGCAUCAAUGGAGACCUCCAAAAGGGUGUCGAUGUGGUCUGUGCAAGACGUGCUGGAGUGGAUUGAAAGAUGCUAUCCCAGCUUAGUCGGUGUUCUCCAGAAAGCUAUUAUGAAACACGCCAUCUCAGGUCGUGCGCUGCUAAGGUUGCGGGAACAUCACCUGCACCUUCUCGGCGUGGAAGACGAGGAUCAAAAGCAGGAGAUAUUGCAGGACCUCCUCCUUCUCAGAGUGCAGGAGGAAGUAGGGGAACUGGAUGACAUCUGCUCAGAAUGUUUCCCGGCGUAACCGUCAUUCAUUUUGAACCCGCUUCCCGCCCAUUCCAUCCAUUUCUCAGUCAGUCAUCCAGCCAUCGACUGACGUGGCAGUGAUGGACAUCUUAGCUGGACAAGAAGAAUCGAUGACGAGGGAAAGGAAGUCAUUUCCUGCGCGAAACGUGAGCCUGGCAGAUGGAUGUCAUCGAAAUUUUGAUUACUCUUGUUGUGGUCUUGCAUUGAAUUAGCCCGCAAACAUUUGCUCAAUGUCAUUUUUUUUUUAUAUAAACACAAGGCAUUGAUUAAAGAGAUUUUAUUUUCAUAACAGGAGUUGACAUGGGAUCA